AUGAUCAAGAGCGAUGUCCAGAGGACCGAUGACCGGAUGACCGAUGACCGGACGACUGAUUGCCAGAGAGCCGGCGGCCGGAUGACCUGUGACCGGGCCGAUGACCGGACGGCUGAUGACCAGAGGAGCGAUGGCCAGACGACUGAUGGCCAGAGGACCGGUGACCGGAUGGCCGUUGACUGGACGGCUGCUGACCAGAGGAGUGACGGCCAGAGUGAUGGUCAAGGCGGCGGUUGGAGCCCUGCAGCUCAAAUCGGUCUUGCCAGUUUGACGGCCGGGAAAGCUCCAUGCUGGCCAACGUAG